AUGCCUCUCGUCGUUGUGUGCGGGAUUCCCGCAACGGGCAAGACGACGGUGUGUACAGCGCUGGUCGACCAUCUACAGCGUCAUUUACCGGACCAAGAGGUCGUAUGCAUCUCGCCGGUCACUGUUAAUGUCGACAAGACGAGGGGUUACGCUGACAGUCGAGCGGAGAAGAACACUCGGAGUGCGCUGAAAGCUGCAGUAGAGAAGGUGGUGAACACUAAGACGAUCGUAGUACUGGACGCUCUCAACUACACGAAAGGAGAGCGCUACGAACUCUUCUGUAAGGCCAAAGCAGAGAGCACGACAUACUGUGUGGUAUACGUGGACACGCCAGUGGAAGUAGCGUUGCAGCGUAAUGCAGCGAGAGCUGAAGCCUUUGACCCCAAGUUGCUUCAAGAACUCGCAGCUCGCUUUGAGGUUCCCGUGGCCAAGAAUCGAUGGGAUAGUCCGUUAUUUCGCCUAACUCCGGACGACUUUACUGCGGAUGGAACUGGUAUACCGCUCGACGCUAUCACUGAUGCUAUUCAGUUCGGUAAAACCGUAAAAGCAGGUCUCGCUACGAAAGCUGCACCUGCAGCGGAGACGAGUUUCCUUCAAGCUUUGGAUGAAGUAACUAAUGCCAUAGUGGAGGUUUUAUUGACCCAUCAACGCGACGCUGGAGUAGCGAACGGCCUACGAGUGCCUCCAUACACUGUCCAAAACGAACUCCACCUCUCUCGUCCACUGUCUGUGGCUGAAGCUCGUCGUCAUCGUCGUCAGUACAUCAAGAUCACACGCAUAAAACCUUGCACAGUUGCUAAUAUUGGCGACCUUUUCGUUGAAUAUCUCAACCAGCAAGCGUAGACGCAACUGUAAACACUUCGUCUAUGUAAUGCAACUUCCUUGCAGUU